AUGUUUAUUGGAAUUUCUGCGUCGGAGAAGAAGCUGGCGAAUCCCAUGAGGGAAAUCAAAGUCCAGAAGCUCGUCCUCAAUAUCUCUGUCGGAGAAAGUGGUGAUCGACUCACCAGAGCCGCCAAGGUCUUGGAACAACUCAGUGGCCAAACCCCUGUCUUCUCCAAAGCUCGGUACACGGUGCGAUCCUUCGGUAUCAGGCGUAAUGAGAAGAUUGCCUGCUACGUGACUGUGAGAGGCGACAAGGCAAUGCAACUUCUGGAGAGUGGACUGAAGGUCAAGGAAUACGAGCUCUUGCGCAGGAACUUCAGUGACACCGGCUGCUUCGGCUUCGGUAUUCAGGAACAUAUCGAUCUUGGGAUCAAGUAUGACCCUUCAACUGGUAUCUAUGGCAUGGACUUUUUUGUUGUUUUAGAGCGCCCAGGAUACCGUGUUGGUCGUCGUCGCAGAUGCAAGUCGCGUGUUGGAAUUCAGCACAGGGUUACCAAGGAGGAUGCAAUGAAGUGGUUCCAGGUCAAAUAUGAAGGGGUCAUUCUUAACAAGUCCCAAAAUAUUGUUAACUAG